UGGCCGCGCAAGGGGUGGAGGAUGUUUAUGCCAGCCUUCUUCUGACAGACACAUAUUUGCCUGGCGCCCUGGUGCUGGCUCACUCGCUCCGAGAUGCGGGCACCACCAAGAAGCUGGCCAUUCUGGUCACCCUAGACACUGUGUCGGUCGAGGUUGUCACGCAGCUCAAGGCAAGUCUCCCUCGGCCGCCAUAAGACCGGUGGCGCACCGAUUGGCUGACUGCUCGUCAGGCCGUAUAUGACUAUAUCAUCCCCGUCAGUCGGAUUCGAAAUGAACACCCUGCGAACCUAGAUCUCAUGAACCGCCGAGAUCUCCACUCGGCCUUCACCAAGAUCAACCUUUGGAGGCAGACCCAGUUCCGCAAGAUUGUCUAUGUGGACGCAGAUAUUGUGGCGUUCCGAGCGCCUGAUGAGCUCUUCGAUCUCCCGCACACCUUCUCUGCUGCGCCCGAUAUUGGCUGGCCGGACCUGUUCAAUACGGGCCUCAUGGUCUUGACUCCAAAUCUGGGCGAUUACCACGCCUUGCUGGCCAUGGCGCAGAAGGGGGUCUCGUUUGACGGCGCCGACCAGGGGCUCCUGAACAUGUACUUCAAGAACGACUACAACCGCCUCAGCUUCAGCUACAACGUCACGCCCUCGGCCCAUUACCAGUACCUUCCCGCCUACAGACACUUUCAGUCCACCAUCAGCAUGGUCCACUUCAUCGGCAGGGAAAAGCCCUGGUUGCAGGGCAGGGACAGAGCCUUUGGCGACUCGCCUUUCGACCAAAUGCUGGGAAGGUGGUGGGCUGUCUAUGAUCGGCACUAUCGGAGAGAGGCCUCUCGAGGUGAACCCUCACAGCCAGAGCAGCGGGUUCCGGAGAUUGUGCAGUAUUUCGUUAAGGGCGAAUUCCAACCUACCGUCCGUUACGUUGUUCCUGUUGGCGAGCCCCCAAGCGAGCAGUUUGGCAACUUUCAGGAUCAGCAAUAUCAAGCUCAUGAUAUGCAGCACUUGCAGCAGCAACAGCAGCGGCAGCACACGCAUCAGGCAGAGGCCUUUUCCGGCGAGCUUCCACACCAACAUCAUGACCAACCCCAUGGAGCUCACGAGCAAGCUCAGCAGCAUCAUCCUGACUUGCAAAUGCCACGUUCGCCUAAGCCGCUAUCGCAUCAACAACACCAGGUGUCAGACCACCAACGCGGCCCUCAACCGCCGUCGCAGCCUGGGCCCCAGCCCCAAGUAGAAAGUACACCCAGUUGGGAUGCUCAGAGGCAACCCCCACCCCUCGAUUCCAAGCCCGAGGCGAUGAACUUCCCGCAAACUCACUACGCCAUGUCGUCUGAUACGGCUCCGUUCGUGCCGCCAGAGCGGUAUCCUACCCCUCCCAAAAAUAUGUGGUACGAAAUGCCAAAGGCGCGCCCGGCGAAACCGGAGGAGAAACCCAAGCCCAUUUUCCCCUGGGAGACACACCGGCCAAAACCGACCCGCGUGUUCGCUUCUGUAACACAGCUUGAGGCGCCGGCGACUGGCCCGGCGGCCAAGCACAUUGGCGAGGCCAGUGAACCCCCACAAGGCUCGCACAUCACCCAAGCCCAGCCGGCGGUAUCGGGUUCGUCCUCACAGUCAGCCACGCAGCAACAACCGGGCGAACCACACACGCCGCCGCUGCGGCAACCAUCGCCACUACAAUCGUUGCCGCCACAGCCAUCGCCACCAAAGCCGUCGCCGCCCGGUCCAAGCCCUCGCCCCGCGCGCCCCGCGCCUGCGGCGACCGCAACCGACAUUUGGUCUUCCUUCCCGCGAACCAACGCUUGGGACAACGUGCCGGAAAUCAACCGCUACGUCGACCGCGCGCUACAGAGGCACCGCCGCUCGCGCAGUCGAAAUCUGGCUUUGGCGGGGGGCAGCGGGGACGGAAAAGAAGCAGCUGCUGCGGUAACAGAAGAGUUUGGCUACGCUUUUGCUCCGGCAAGGAGGGGUUCCAAGGUGACAGAUUUCCCCAGCGAGGACGACCGCCCGAGCCUUCCGGUGACGCCGGCGCCAAUCCGAAGGCCGCGGCGCUGGGGCAGCGGUACGGGCGGCGACUUUGGCGGCGGCGGCGGCACGGGCGAGGGAAGGGAACAGCUGUCGGCCGCCGAGGGUGUGCCAGGGCAGGCUGACUGGGUAUGUGUGCACGGGAUCCGGUGGACUCCCGCAGACUGCCUUUGCGAGCUGGCUAACAUCCUUCGUUCCUACAAGGAUCCUGCGGCGCAGCUGCAGAAGCUAGCCAAGGAGCAGUCGGAGCUGUUGCUGAGACGGCUGGGUGGCGGCGGUCGUGGUGAUAAUGAAGGAAAAGAAGAAGUAGGGGCCGGGAAGGGGUCUCAGGGAGAGAAGGCGCAGCGGGGGGAGAUUCCCCUGCGUCCGCUGCCGUUCGGAUCUGAAGGCAUCAGGUCCCCGACCUAUGUCGCUCCCACGCAGCCUGCGGUCGUAAGUCCCACGCCGAUCAAACCGCACACGGGCACGAGCCCGGUGAACAGGUUCUUGGCCGCGGCGCCUGAUAUUGCCCCUUCGCAGGAGUCCUCAGCCGCGACCGGAGCUCCUCAAGGUCCGGUCCCUGCCAUCCCUUCCCCUAGCUAUCGGGGCCCCGGGGCAGCGUUCGAGAAGGGCGAGGACGUGCCUACCUUUGAGACGCCCGCGUUGCCGACCGAGGAGGAGCGGGACAUUCUUGAGACGUGAGGCAAGAUACUACGUCUUGGAGCCGGAAUACCCGAACCCCGGAAUGGCAAUCGGUGACCGAGGACGGGUUUUGUAUGAUACGAAGCGAUGCCGAGCGACAUGGGGCUAAUGAAGGCUAAUGAAGGCUAGUGGAAGGGUUGGAAGAAGGCGCCCCGUGCUCAUGGGAUUGUGGUUGAGUUGUUUGGUUCUUGACGGCCUAGUUUGUGGCAUUUGACGAUUUAAUAUCCUGAAAGUGGUAUAUCGGACUUUGUUUUGCUUCAGUGCAUAUCCCCUGCAUUAUACAUAUACGGUACAAAAGCAUUCUUGCCCUGCGAAGGAUUGUCCCAGAGCUGGCUGGUUAGAGAGCCAUAUUAU